UUAUUUCUUUUCGUUAUAUUUUCAAUAUUAUAUUGAGGCAGUGGCUUUCUGUUUACUAUUUUGGUCUUUUUUUUCGGUGUUCGGUCCUUUUUUUCUCUGCCAAUUUUAUUCUUUUCUCAGGUGAUCACCUUGUCCUCUUGAAAAUCUUACCAAAUUGACGGAAAUCAACACUAUCAUGGAUAAAGGUAACUCAGAUAAGGAAGACAAGCAAACGGUUCUCGCGACUCCAGGCCAAGGAUCUGAUCGACCUGUACCCAUUCAAUAUUCCAAUUCAAAAGUUAUUGGUAAUGGCUCUUUCGGGGUGGUAUAUUCUGCUAAGCUCGAUUCUGGUGAAAUGAUUGCCAUAAAGAAAGUGUUGCAAGACAAGAGGUUCAAAAAUAGAGAGCUUCAAAUUAUGCGUAGACUGGACCAUUGUAAUGUCGUUAAAUUAAAAUACUUCUUUUAUACAUCUGGGGAAAAGGUAAAGAAAGACGAAAUUUUUUUAAACUUGGUUUUAGAAUAUAUCCCCGAGACGGUUUAUCGAGUUGCAAGGCAUCACAGCAAACAGAAAAUACCAAUUAACAUGUCACUCAUAAAACUGUACAUGUAUCAACUAUUCAGAAGCUUAGCAUACAUCCAUUCUUUAGGAAUUUGUCAUCGCGAUAUUAAACCACAAAACCUGCUUUUGCACCCAGAAACUGCGGUACUUAAGCUCUGUGAUUUUGGAAGUGCAAAACAUCUUGUCGUUGGUGAACCAAAUGUUUCUUACAUUUGCUCUCGUUAUUAUCGAGCCCCGGAGUUGAUAUUCGGUGCUACUGAUUACACAACCAUGAUAGACGUGUGGUCCGCAGGCUGUGUAUUGGCCGAAUUGAUUCUUGGACAACCCAUUUUCCCUGGUGAUUCUGGUGUUGAUCAGCUUGUUGAGAUAAUCAAAGUUCUUGGUACACCAACGAAAGAGCAAAUAAAGGAAAUGAAUCGCAACUACACAGAGUUCAGAUUCCCUCAAAUUAAAGCUCAUCCUUGGCAAAAGGUAUUUAUAAAGGUUUUUAGAGUUCGAACACCCCCCGAAGCAAUUGAUCUAGUUUCUAAACUACUAGAAUACACACCAUCACAACGGAUUACGCCUUUACAAGCUUGUGCUCAUCACUUUUUUGAUGAAAUACGAGGACCCAAUUUCGAACCACAAACUAAAUCUGGUGAAUUACCUCCACUUUUCAAUUUUACUGAACAUGAAUUGAAGAUUCAGCCUGCGCUGAACACAAAACUCAUACCUCCCCAUGUACGAGGCUCUGGUGGUUUACCAGUGUCAACUUCUGGUUCAACAAUGUCGACAUCAUCAAGUAAUGCGGACAUAACACCAACCGACUCAACCAGUGUUUCAACCGUGAUGACAAACAUACCCACCAGUACAAGCUCUCAAGACCUAAAUCCAAGUGGUGAUGCUUCCUCUAAAUCAUCAUAAUCAUCAUGAACACACACACACACACAUUAAUACAUACAUUAAAAAACCACACACAACAUAAACUAAAACACCAUCAUUACCACUAUCACCUCCAAAAUUUCAUCAUCCUUCAUCGUCUCAUCUGUUUCAUCCUAUCGUCAUCAUUUGUCAUCAACAUUGUUAUCAACAACCAAAAUAUAUACAAGGAAUCAAGAUAUAAAAUUCCCAUAUUGGUAAUAACGCUUUUGGGUGCCAACGAGUAAUUAAAAUAAUAAUGAUCCGAAAAAGUAUGAUAAAUGAAGAUGAAAAUGCCUUUGCCGAGCAUUUUAGUCUUUCUAAUUUUCUUUUCUCUCUCUUCUUUCUUUUCAUCACUUUCUUUUUCUUUUUUCCUCUCUCUCCCUCUCUUUCUCUCUUUCUCUCUAUCUCUCUGUUGCGUUACAUUGGAAUGAAACAAAAAAAAUAACAAAAAACAAUGAAAAUAUUAACGGCUUGACGAAGAUAAUUAUAACUUAAUUAAAAGAAAGCAGAGGAACAGCCGAGAUGCUUCUGUAGAUAAAUAUACAUACACCAUAUAUGAUAUUAUACUUAUAACACUCACUAAAAAACUAAAACACACACACACUUGAUGCUGAUUGCAUAUUAUUACUUUAUAAAUACACGUUGAAUCGGAAGACACGAAUGUUGACUGAUUAUUAUGGAUAAAAUACUUUGAAGUAUAUUCAUCACAUUAAAAUUGUCAUCAUCAUCUCACACUGA